AUGCCAUCCAUGGGGCUGAAGAGUGGUCUGAGUUUGACCCGAGGGUCCAAGGGUGUGCCCAAACGCAGCCAGGGCCUGACGCUGAAAAAUCAUAAACCGGGACGCUUCACUGCUUAUAAAAAAAGGUAUCUGGGUCUUGAGGGAGCCGAGCGGGGCGGGGCGGGGGAGACCCAGGACCGAAGCCAGCUCCCCAUUGUCCGGCUGCGUUCCGAGCCUUCUCCACCAAUUGUUGCCCGAAUUUCCGAGCGUUGGUGCGUUGGCGCCAUGGCGGUGCGCAGACGGCUGCGGGCUCCCAUCCUGGCGCUGGUCUUGGUGGGGCUGUGUGGCUGGACCGUGGUGCCGGCUGCGGCCGAGGACUCGAUGGGCCCUCACAUGGCGGUCCGCCUGGCCGAGAUGCUGACCCCAGAGGAGUGCGAGCUGUUCCGGGCCCUCCUGGAAGCGCCCGAGCCGGACCCGGAGGCUGAGCUGGCCCGACUGUCGGAGGACCGGAGGCCGCCAGACGAAGACCGCGAGAGUCCCAGGGGAUGGCGGCGGCGGCGGCGGCGGCGGCGGGAGGAGCGGGAGCGGGAGCCGCCGGCCUCGGACGGCGGCUGUCGGAAGGAGCUGGCCGCUUGGCUGGCGGCCGAGGCGCCGGCGCUGGCGUGGGACCGGGUAGCCCGGGCUCUGCGGCGCUGCGGCCGCCCGGACGUGGCUCGGGAGCUGGCCAAGAGUCUGCACCAAGAAGCCACGCUGGAGCUGCGCAAGUUCGCGCUGCCUUACCAGCAAGCGGCGGCGGCGCAGGCGGCCCCGGCGCAGGCGGCCCCAGCGCAGCCCCUCCAGCCCCGCGCAGCGCCUCCCGACUGGGACGUCUGGGACUCCUGGGACGCGCUGGAGCUGAUCGUGGAGAGGCUGCCCCAGGCCCCGUACCCGCACGGCCCCGCCAGCUGGGCCCGGCCCCUGGCCCUCGGUUUCUUCAGCGGCUUCAUGGGCGCCUUCGGGCUCGGGAUGCUGGUCAUCCUGCUCACGCUCUGGAUUGCCGGGGAUAGUGGUGAUGAGGUCCAGGACAGGCAGUACAGGCCCGAGAGCCCCUGCUUAAUCUCCAUGCCCCUCUUGAAGCCCAGCCGGCCCCACUGUCUGUGGGAAAUAAAAACACUUCCUUAA